AUUAAACAUUUAGUCCUGGGUAAAUUUUAAUGCUACACAUAUUAAUAUUCUGCACAUGUAAAGGAGCAUUAUAAUAAAAUCAUUAAAUAUUUGAAUCCUAAUGAUUUUAUAAUGAAAUUUAAUUAUUUGUGUAUUUCAGGUGAAUCUUCUCCAGGGUCUCUGAUCAUCAGACCGAACAGAACUCAACACUUUACUGAUGACUCUCUCUCACUGAGCUGUGAGGACCAGAGUGACUCUACUGGAUGGAGAAUGAGAGGAUACAGUUACACUGAGACAUUGGUCAGUUGUUCAUCAGUAUCAGGAUCUACAUGUAACAUCACCUUCCUCUCUACAUCACACACUGGUGUUUAUUGGUGUCAGUCUGUAUCUGGAGGAUGCAGUAAUUCUGUAAACAUCACAGUGCAUGAUGGUGAUGUGAUCCUGGACAGUCCUGUACAUCCUGUGACUGAGGGACAUGAUCUGACUUUACGCUGUUUAUUUUACAACAAAAAGAUCCCAGGCUCUGGUGUUGAUUUCUAUAAAGAUGAUUCCAUCCUCCAGAACCAGACUACAGGAGAGAUGACCAUCAGUAAUGUCACAAAGUCUGAUGAAGGUUUCUACCACUGUAAACACCAGGAGAGAGGAGAGUCACUGAAAAGCUGGGUUUCAGUCAGAGGAAGGUCACAUGUAGGAGCUUCAAUGUCAGUGCUCAGACUGAUCAGCAGUCUAGUGACAGUUUCUGUGUAUCUGCAGCUGACCAUCGUUCUGGCAGUGAAAUGUUUCAGAGCUCGAGUUCAGACUGAUGAAGACACCCAGAAUGCUGUUAUAGAGGAGUGAACAAAAUAAAUGAAUCAGAUUUUAGGAUUGUGAAAUAAUUUUGAUUUUUCACAUUUAAAUAUUUACUACUAGAUGUUUUUUUUCUGAAGUUUUCACACCUCUUCAUGGGGUUAUGAAUUAUGUACACUUCAUUAACAUUAAAAUUAACUAGAUAUUAAGAUCACAUCUUUAAUUAAUCUCUAAUCUCUAUCUAGUUAUAUUCAUCUUUAUAUAACUGGGUAAAAUAUUUUAGAUUAAGUAAACUUGUUAAAAAUUUUGUACAGAUGCCAUUGGCAAACAGAAUAUAAUCUAUGUACAGUGUUAACUAACUCUGAUCACUGAGGACAGGAGAGGAGGUUUAUCGUUAGUUUAUCAUUAUAGUUCAUGAUUAAAUGAUU